UAUGACUGAUCACUUCACUAAGUUCGCGGUGGCCGUCCCUACACCCAACCAACGAGCACGCACUGUUGCAAAGGCCCUCUGGGAGAACUUCAUUGUUCAUUAUGGGGUCCCAGAGAGACUCUUAAGUGAUCAAGGCCCCGAUUUCGAAUCAAAGACAAUAAGUGAACUGUGCGAAAUCAUUGGCAUGAAAAAGAUACGCACAACACCGUAUCAUCCCAGAGCCAAUCCAGUUGAGAGGUUCAAUAGGACGCUCCUCCAAAUGCUUGGUACCUUGAGUGACAAUGAGAAGUUGCAUUGGAAAGAGUAUGUAAAACCUCUAGUACAUGCAUAUAAUUGUACCAAGAAUGAUGUGACAGGCUAUUCGCCCUAUGUGCUGAUGUUUGGAAGGCAACCAAGGCUCCCCAUUGACCUAGUAUUCGGGUUGCCUGUUAAUGCCCAGAAGAAGUCACACUCACAGUAUGUCAGUGAUCUGAAACAUAAGUUGGAGGAAAGUUUUAAGAUCGCAACCUCAAACACACAAAAGAAUGCUGAGCGCAAUAAGACGCGUUUUGACAAACAAGUGGUUGACUCAACUCUCAAUGUGGGCGACAGGGUCCUCGUACGUAAUGUUAAACUGAGGGGAAAGCAUAAGUUGGCAAACAGAUGGGAGGAUGAUGUUUACGUGGUUCUGAGAAAAGCAGGUGAACUACCUGUCUAUACGGUUAAACCGGAAGCGAAAGAAAGACCAGUCCGAACAUUACACCGAGACUUGCUCCUCCCUUGUAGUUUCAUACCUAUCACGGAGUCAACCGAAAACAGUUCCCAAAAGCCCCAUGCUCAGCGGAACACAAGGCAAACUGUUGUUCAGGAGGAUGAUGACCUUGACUCCGAGUACUUACCAAUACCUACCUGGAUACCAAUGUCCAUUUCCAGCUCUGCCAAGCCACCUGAAGUGUCACCAGCUCUUGUUGUUCCCCGUACUGAAAGUGUGCAAAGACAGUUUUCAGCUUAUGAUGAAACCGAAUGUGACAAUCCCACCGAACGUGACAAUCCCACCGAAUGUGACAAACAAACAGAGGAAAUUAAGGAAACUGAAACUGGAAACUUACCUGAACGUUCAAACUUACCUGAGCCUAGCUUGCUGGGGACCAACAUUCAAGUUGAGGAUCCUGUGGAGAAAACCCAGCAACCUAGCGAGCAGAUCCUGCCCAGUGCACCUGCUUCACAGAAUAGCUCUCAGGAAAAUCAUGACGUUCUUCGUCGAUCCCAAAGGUCACAUCAGAGACCAGAAAGGUUGCAGUAUUCCAAAUUAGGUAACCCCUUACUGUAUGUUGUUAAUGCAGUAUUCAGUAGCCUAAACGAAGCCAUUUCAAGCUCUAUGCAGUUUAGCCAUUUAGAUGCACAGGGACGUGCAUACCAUCAAAGUGGGGAGGGUGUAACCCAUAUUUAAGGAUGGCUUGGAUAAAAUAUACCAAAAUGAAAAAAGGACCAUUAAUCUUAGCAGUACACUCUGUUUAUAGUGAAUAAGCCAUAGGUGCAGCAGUUAAAGAGUUAACUGCUCUGGUGUAGGCGUGUGUUGCUCUAAGCCAAUGAGCUGCUGAAAUGUGGUGCAGGGUCCCGCCUGCCAUCUCCGUCUGAGAGAGCACAGGCUUUUCCUUCUCUCUCUCGCGAAUCCUCCAUGAGCACGCUAGCAAGGAAAAAGACACGGCGAUUCACUGAAACGAGGUAUGGAAAAAAAAUAAUAUAAACGGGAGAGUUAGCACUCGCUGCUUAUGAACGAUCGUUUUAUCGUAUGUGUACUGCUAAGACAAGUAACUAGCUGGUUCCUUUUACAUUGUUUGGUCGACGAAGGUCGGGAGUUAGAGACGACGCCAUUUCAUCAUUCCUGCGCCAUCUCGCGCUGCUCCGCCUUUCUUUUCUGAGAUCGGUCAGGUUUUUUUUGUUUCCCUUUGUAUCUUCCUUUUGAUGCAUUGCAACGGAUCCGGUAAUCGAUGGCGAGCCAACCCCGUUGAUGGACCAAUUGACUUUGUUCUGUGCUGCACAGCAGAGUGUGGUAGGCCAGUUGCAACAAAACAAAAACACACCACGCCACUUUGAACUUGCUGUUCCCUUUCUUCACACACAUCCCCCUGGACUUACGGACGGUUUAUUUUAAGGACUUUUCACGGACUCUAUACAUCCCACGAACAGGAAGGGAAGUGGGUGUGGGCGGUUGGAUACAUGUUUCCAGCUUAAUGGUUGUUGUACUUUAUUAACAAAGUCUAUGAAGAUACAACCAAGUGUUGUUAUUUGGAUUUUGCUAAUUGAUAUUGUGGUUCAUUUUGGAAGUGAACUUUGUACAUUUAGAAGGGUGCACCCAGGUAAGUUUUCUUUUUGUAAA